UCUUCUGAACAUGUAAACAACAACAUCAACAACAAUAACGUUUUCUUUAAACCUUUACAGAGUUUUGUAUAACUGUACUUUUCGGCAUAAUUUAGUUACAAAGUAACCUUUCAACAUAUAUAUUUAUGCAAUUGUGAUUUACUUGAGUAAGUUUCAUCUUUGAUAUCAUAUUGAUUCAGAUGAGAAGCUCUUUUGCCUUUCAAAUAGAUUUGUUUACUUGAACUGUAAAUACCGGUUAACUUUUCCCAGUUUCUGGAUAAUUGACCAUUUCAAGUGUUGAUCAACUUAAAGUUUGUUGAAAAUAUGACGGAUCGAAGUGAAACCCGAGUACCAAGUCGGAUAGCUGUACUAACAAUUAGUGAUCGAUGCUCUCGAGGUGAAAGUGAAGACAAAAGUGGACCUUUUAUUGCAAAUUAUUUGACCGAAAAAGGACAUCAAAUUGUCCACAAAUAUUGUAUCCCAGAUGACUUCAAUAUAAUUCAAGAUGUUCUCAUUGAUUGGUGUGAUACAGCCAAAAUUGAUUUCGUUGUGACCACCGGUGGAACUGGAUUUACUGAUCGUGAUGUCACCCCAGAAGCCACAAAGUCCAUAAUUGAACGAGAGACUCCUGGACUUGUUAUUGGAAUGAUAAUGAACGGGCUUAAAUCGACUGAAUAUGCAAUGCUUUCGAGACUUUGUGCUGGAAUACGAAAAUCAACAUUAGUUGUCAACUUGCCUGGAAGUGUUAAAGCUUGUAAAGAGUAUUUACCAAUUCUAGAGCCUGUUUUAAAUCAUGGUAUUGACCAGUUACGUGGUGAUAAACUUCGUGUUAAGGUGAAACACACCGAAAUGCAAGAGCCUAGUAAGCCAAUUGUUUUGACAAUCAAAGAUCCUCAUGAGCCAAUACCCUCAAACGUGCGUUCAUCUACACCAGUCACAUCAUCUGGAUCCACUUUGGUGACCACAAGUACCGCUAAAAUUGCCCCAAUCUUAAAAGUAGGAGGCGGAGGAGGAUUUCAAUACAGAAAGUCACCAUAUGAAAUGGUUUCCAUGAACGAUGCAGUUUCUCACAUAAUGACUGAACUCAAUUCAACGGAAAAACUGGAAACUGAACUUAUUCCAUUGAAAAAUGCAACUGAUCUCUUAGGUCGUCAUGUUUCGUCAAACAUUCAAUCAAAAGUUGAUGUUCCUUCAUUUCCAGCCUCCAUUAAGGAUGGUUAUGCAGUUUUAUCAUCAGAUGGACCAGGUAAUCGUAAAGUCGUAUCAUCAUCUAUUACAGCCGGAUUACCAGCGGACGGAAUGACAAUUGAUAAAGGCUGGUGUGUUAGGAUGAAUACUGGAGCUCCUAUUCCUGAUGGCUGUGAUGCUGUUGUUCAAGUUGAAGACACUGAAGUUGUAUCCAGAACUGAUGAUGGAAAGGAAACCGAAAUUCAAAUUUCAAUUGCCCCUAAAGUCAUGCAAGAUAUUCGUAAAAAAGGAAGUGAUAUUAAAAAAGGUGAAACUGUGAUCAAAAUUGGUGAUAAAAUAGGACCCAUUGAUCUAGGCAUUUUGGCUUCCAUAGGUGUAACCCAUGUACCAGUUUACCGUAAACCUAAAGUUGCAAUACUCUCUACAGGAGACGAGUUAAGAGAGCCUGGCGACAAUCUGAUUCCAGGAACAAUUUGGGAUUGCAAUCGUAUUACGUUGAUAUCAUUUUUACGUCGUCGCAAUUAUGAUGUAAUUGAUUUAGGAAUUGUUGAAGAUGAUUUAAGAUAUCUGGAGAGUCGGAUAUGUUCUGGUUUGGAGAAAUCGGAUCUUUUAAUAACAACUGGAGGUGUUUCAAUGGGCGAAAAGGAUAUACUUAAAGCCGUUUUAGUUCACUGUUUUGGUGCCAAAAUUCAUUUUGGUAGAGUUAAUAUGAAACCUGGUAAACCUACAACUUUUGCAACUUGUAUUACAAAUGAUAGAAGACGAUUUAUAUUCAGCCUUCCCGGUAAUCCAGUUUCAGCAUUUGUUUCCUGUCUUUUAUUUGUUAUUCCCGUUCUGGACAAUCUUUCUGGUCACACAACUUUAUCCCAAGUCACAGAUAUUUAUGAUUUACAUCCAUGGAUAAAGGUUUCCCUUUCAAUAUCAAAUGCUAAUGGAUUCAUAAAUCUUGACGAAAGGCCGGAAUUUGCACGAGCUGUUGUACAUUUUGAUGGAGGUGACUUGCCAAGUGCCUCAUUAAUCCGAGGAAGUCAAAAAAGCAGUAGAUUGUCAAGUGUUAAAGAUGCCAAUGCUUUAAUAGCUCUUCCAGGUCGAAAUGAGAUUCCCGGUGGAAUAAUUAAAGACAGUCAUAUCACCAAAGCUAUUAUAAUUAACUUUUGAUUCAUUACCAUCAAGGAGGAGAAGAAGCAAUAUUUUUAAGCCUGGAUGACUUCCAUUGGCUUCAUUAAUCUAAUCCUGUUAAUUUGUUUUUUUUGUACAACUUAAUUUACAAUCAUAUUUAAAGAUGCAACCAUAAAGGGAGAAGCUGAUUCAGAUAAGAUGAAAAAAUACGAGCUGCUGCUUUUGGACCUAGUUGAUAGUACAAUAAAUUAUAUGAAAAUGAGUUAAAAGGAGUGAAAAAAGAGACUAUUUUAUAGAUAUAUUAGCAGCAAAGUUGUUUUAAAUAAUUUACAAAUAACGCAACAAGUUGCCUAACUCAUAAACAAAGCUGUAAUUAUUUCGCCCCAGCAACCACGAAAAUGUUUUACCAACAUUAUUUGUGUAAUUCAAAGUUGACAUUUUCAUAGACAUUGUAGUCUAUAUAUUUAUACAUAUGUAAGAAAGUAAGAAAAAUUUGCUGUAAAAACACACAUUAUUAUCACCAUCAUCUAAUAGCAACUCAAAAUGUCACCCUGACCAGUUACCAUUUCAGAGUUAUUACCUCAUGGUUUGAACAGCAUAAUUUCAUUACAGCUUCCAUCAUCACAAUCAUCAUUACAGCUCUAUUUUGCGUAUAUAUUUACAACUGAAACUUGUUUCUUGAUAUCUAAAGGGUCAACUUGGCGACGUUACAUAUUAUUUUAUCAUGUACUUCACCAAUGCAAAGGAAACGCUCAAGUUCAGGAAACAAAUACAGUACAAGAUUUAUCUUUAAAAGGACCCGAAAUCAAAGCUAUGGUGAUAAUAAAUGAAGGACCAUAAUCAAUCUUCAUCUUGUUUCUUAAACAUUUACAAUCUUAUUUACCUUGAUAUUACCUCUUGCACUUUUAAUUAUUGUUACUUAAUAGUAUAAGCAAUAAGGUUUAAAGAUCUUCCACUUUUUUCAUGUUAGCUUGUUUUUGCUCUGUUAAUGUUUCGUUUUUUUUGCACCGCAUUUUUUAUUGCUAUUACAUUUUCUCACAGAUCAAUACAUUAAUAUGUAUCCAUGUUAUUAUUAUCAUUAUUAUACUAUCGUA